AUGCCACGCCUCCUUGACGCAUACAAUGACUUUGCGAAUUCUACCAUACAAAAGCCAUUAGUAAUCAAAAAUUUUUCUUCAUUUAUUAAAGGCUGGCUUCAGAAAUUAUCCCCGCUUCUGUCUCACGGGCCUGUAUUCCAAAGCCGCCAAAGUCGCUCGAAUCCAAAAUUUUAUCCAAUCUACGACCGCUAUAAGCAAGAAAAUUGGAGAAAGGUAUCGAUUUUCAGUACAUUUUUUUGAAGGAUCAAGACGGAUAUAAAAAUAUACGGUUUUCCAUAUUCUCAACGUUCUUUUCAGAAGAACUUUACUCCCGAGCCCCAGGAAACGUUUAUAGAAAAAGAUGUUAUCGAAGAUUGUUAGUUUUUUUUCAAACUUCCAAUCUAACAUCAAACAAUUUUAGUUAAAAGCGCUUAUUACAAGUGUAAGGCAAGGAAACAGCAGAAUGCCGUCGAACCGUUUUACUACGACUGUGAGUUUUCUAUUUUUUAUUCAAUAACGCCGGUUUAUUCGUCUAUCCGCAAAGCAUUUCUCGAACGAAAACAGUGAAAUUUCAAAAAUUUUCUGAAAUAGAGUUCAUCAAAACUCUCGCCACUUGGUCGUAUUCAAGUUCAUUGACCACCAGACUUUCAACAUGAAUCCCAGAGCCGCUUAUGUAGUUAUCUAGCUAUGAAAAUUUUCAAGUUCAAGUGUGCAUUUAUUAAAAAAAGAGGACUGAAAAGUUGCAAAAAAACAUUUCAAAAUAUUAGGUUGUCUACUAAGUUUCUUUUUGAAGGACUUUUUUUAAAAAAAGUUUUUCAACCAGAAAAAGCACUUCUUACAAUUUUGCUUCAUAUAGUAUUUACUACUACACAAUCUGAAGUUCAGAUUAAAUUUAACUGUAUUCCUAUAACACUAUGCAGAAAAAAAGAUAGAGAACUUUGUCCGAACUCGAAAAAAAUCUCGAUUUUUGGAAAUUUUUGCGAAUUUAUUUUUUAUCUUACUUUUUUAAUCUUAUCAUUCGAACAAGUUACAUAAAAUGUAAACUGAGGUCGUGUCCUUGCUCAUGAAAAUUUGCGUUUGCUUCCAAAAAUUUUGAGAAAUGAGUUAAUCAUUCAAAAGCCAGUCCAUUCAAAUUUAUGAUUGGUCAACAUUGUUGAAACAAUGCGCGUCCUGUUUUUGUUUGAUUUUCCCCGAAGUACAUUUGUAAUUAUCUAUCAGGUUCGAGGGUUUGAAAAAAAUUACAAGCAUAACAUUAGCAACCGGCAGCUACCGUGAAACUCGAGGAUUUAAUUUUACAGCCUUUUUUGAUCAAAAAAUGUUUAUAGCGCCAGGGCAGUGGUUUCUAUCCACUCUCAAAUUUUCUGUUCUUUCGCUAUCGCGCAAGUUAAUAGAAAAACAAGUACAACAAAGGUCAUUACUGUGUCAAAGCAGAAAAGGUUCAACUGAGUUUCUCCGGCCAAAAUUUUUUGGAAACCUCAGUCAAUUGAAAUGACAGUUCGAUGAAAUUCUAAAGGCUCUCUGACGGCGUCAAACGUUCAGAGCUUCUGGAGAAAAAGUGACUGAUACAGACCAUGUCUGUACUAACUAACCACAAAAAAUCAGAAACAUCCUCAAAGCCGUUCAUGAGAAAAGCGUCUAAAUGUUCAGCGACCAUAUCAUUGUCAUUGGUCACUGACCGAAACUUUUAAAGAAAAAAGAUUUUUAGGCUAGUUUUUUGUUUAAAAAGUCAGUUUGCCUACUCUAUCUGUACUUCCAUCCUCCCACGUUGUCAUCAACUACAAAACAUUAAAUCAUACAUUUUUUUAAAAGAAACAAAAACAAUUUUUCUAAGAGAGGUUGAAAUCGAGUUAGUUGCCCUUUUUUGAGUAUAUCAUUGCUCGUUUUGAAGUCAGGAACUCCAAAAUUAAAAGUCAUGUUAACAGAUAGCUGAGAAUGACGGGGGAGAAAUUGUUUGCUGUUUGAAUCCAAAAUUGAAAAGUUAUACACCAAAUAACUUUCAACCGAAAAAAGAAAGAAACUUAUUAAACGACCUAAUAUAAUCUCCAUUGCUAGAAAAAGAUUUUCUUUUUCUGAAAAAUAGUGAGUGUUUAAAAGUACCACGAAAAGUUCCCUUGAAUAAAAAUUCCCAUUUUCCUAGAACUACGUUUUCUUUCUUGCUUCUUUUUUUCUCAGCAUUCCGUUUUUCUAAUAGGAUAUUCUCUUGUUUUCCGGAUAGAAUAAGCGUCUCAUCACCGGAAUGAAUAGUUUUUCUUUUUAUUUAUUUGACAAAGUGGCCAACUCGGAAAUGUACCGAAGAAAAUUUUUGAGAUCAUCUUAGAUUCAACAUGGAUGAAAAGAUAUUUCAAAUUAGUAUUUCAGCCAAUGUCUUCUUCAUGUGGGAUAUCUGGUUGAGAAAUCACUUUUACAUGGGGGAUAUCUGGUGGAAAAAUCAUUUCUACUACGAGCAGGUGAGUUUUUUUUCUGAAAAACCAUUUUCUUCAUAGUAUAAGAGCCCACAAAACAUAAAAAAACUUAAGCAUAAUAUUUAAAUUUCCUUUGAUAUUCAGUCAAUUUAUACCGUUUCACAGUUUUUUUGAUAUUGAACAAAAAAACAAAAAAACAAAAUUAUUGGCUUUUUUUCAUGCACUCUAUUCAAAGCAUAUGACAGAAGACGCUGAAAAAAAAUGUUUUUAGAUUGGAUCAGAUCAUUGAAAAUCUUGCUUUCUUCAGAUCGAGUUGUUUAGAAUUUGCCUGAGAUAAUGUUAUUUCUUGAAUAAACCACAUGAUAAUUUUUAAAUUGCAAUUCUUUUGUUUGCAUGAAAAAUAAUUUAGACCGGUAGACAACUGACGCCGCCAACUCUUCUGGCAAUUUGUCCACCAACGUCCGAAAUUUUAUCGUCCCUGCCACAAAACAAGUCAGAGUUGCGCUCAAAGACCUGCCCUUAG